AGUAACCCUACUACCGGUUAAGAGUACCGAGAACAAACAGUUUCACUCUUGAAGAAUUGAAGAAAUGGAAGCGAAAGACAAAGAUUCAAAGGAAGGAGUUGCAUCAAUAGCAUUGUUGCCGGAUGGGUCCCUUUCGGGACAUUUCCUUCAGCUUCCUCAAUCUAUCUGCUAUGGACUUCAUGGCACCGAAUUGGAUUGUGAGAUGGAGUGCAGUAGAGGUGAAGAUUACCGCUUGAUAAAGCUCACAAGCAUAGACUACAAUAAGAAGAAAGAUCAUACCGUUGUAGUGGAGUGCAGAGGGCACGAUGCUGCUCGGUUCCAUAACAUCAACCAUGCUCAUGGUUGGGAACAGGAUGUUGUGGAUAUGGUUGAACAAAAAGAAGUGAAGAAUAAGAUUUCGAUCUUGUUCGUGUGCGACACACUGAAAUCUGACAAAACGGCUGAAGAACAUAUAAAGCAGUUCAUGGCUAUAUUAUCCGGAAUCGAUGCUGUUGUUAAUAUUGGACCGAUGAGCAUAUCGGGAAUGGACUUUGAAACAGACAUUGCAUAGUCGAAGCCAGAUUUACCAAGUGCUAUUAGGUAGAUUUACAUACUUGAUGAGCAUAUGAAAACAAAUAUAAUCACAUAUUCAUUUAGAUGUCCUUUUGUGAUAACUUGAUGAGUGUAUGCAACCAUAAUGCUUCGAUAGA